AUGCAGGAGCUUCCACCCUGGUGGGCAAAGCUUUCAGGUCAGGCUUCUAUUGGCCGACGGCCCUGGCCGACACUCAAGCCAUCGUCAGUGGGACCCCUGAAAACCGCGCAAGGCGACUACACCUACAUAUUCGUCGCCAUCGACAAGUUCACCAAGUGGAUCGAGGUGAAGCCGGUCGCUACCACGACAGCAGCCAAGGCAGCCGAGUUCAUCCAGGAGAUAACGCACAGGUUCGGAGUGCCCAAUCGAAUCAUCACAGACCUAGGCACCUCCUUCACCGAAUCCGAAUUCUGGGACUUCUGCCAGGAAAGCUGCAUUGUUGUGUACUACGCCUCCGCGGCUCACCCCAGGUGCAACGGCCAGGUGGAACGUGCUAAUGGCUUGAUCCUUCAGGUGCUCAAAUCCAAGAUUUUUGACCCGAUCGAAAAAUAUGGCUCCAAGUGGAUCCAGGAACUACCCAGAGUAGUAUGGGGGCUGCGCACACAAAGAAGCCGGGCCAUUGGCUACUCCCCUUUCUUCAUGGUUUACAGUUCUGAGGCUAUCCUCCCGACGGAUAUUGCCUUUGGUGCUCCGCACAUCCAAAACUACAACGAAGGCGAGGCCGAAACAACUCGGCGAAUAGAACUCGACUCGGCCGAGGAGCACCAUCUGACGGCAGCCCUCCAGCAUGCCUGGUACGAGCAGCAGUUAUGCCAUUAUCAUGACAAAAAUGUCCAGCAGCACGACUUCAACAUUGGCGACCUGGUACUCUGA